AUUGGGUCGAUAAAUUAAAUUUUUUUAAUCAAGAAAGUAGAGCAAGCGUACUAAAAUAGUUCGUAAACCUUAUUUAAAAUAUUUAGCUUAACCAAUUCAUGACAUACAAGUCGAUAAGUAGUAGUAUAAUUGGAGAAAGAACAUAGAAGUAUAAACACCGAAAAGCAUAUGAAAUACAAUGGCAGAAAAGUAUUCCUCGGAUUUGGGCCUCGUUGUUAUUGCGCAGAUAACACAAAAUAUUGGUUACAGCUGUACACUGAGUGCACCUUUGGAGUUGUUACAAGACAUUAUGCAAAAAUUUAUGCAAGAAUUUGCGCGUGACCUCCAUGGUCAUACGGAGCACGCCAAUCGAAUUGAGCCAAGCCUAAGAGAUGUGUACCUUAGCAUUAAAAGUCUAAACAUCAAUGUGCAGGAACUAUUGGAUUUUAUUGGAAAUGUUGAGCCUGUCGGUUUUACCAGAGAUGUGCCCCAGUUUCCCAUUAAAAAAACCAUGAACAUGAACUUUCUUAAGCCUGGAAGUGCAGAAACUCUAACAAGACCUGUAUAUAUUUUUGAGUACUUGCCACCAAUGCAAAGAACCGAAUCACGGGAGAUACAAUUGGAUACUCAAAAUAAAUUUUCACAACAACGAGAAAAGUCAGAGUUCGAGGCUACGUGUUCUGUAGAAAAACUGGGUAAAAUUCACAAUCGUCCUAUUUCUCCCAAUGCGUCGAUUUUUCCGUCAAACACCUUCGACUCGGAGAUUGGUCGCUCCGUCCGCGAAAUGAGCAGCGUUGUAAUGACCACUGGCGGUUUUAUUAGCCCUGCCAUCGAAGGGAAACUCCCCGAGGCCUUCAUACCAGACAUAAUUGAAAAAUAUAAAGGUCUGGAUGCUCCACCCUCAUCGUCUAUAGUGGUCCAUCCUUUGGAAUAUUCUCCGAAAGUGCUGCCUUCAGAAAUUGAAUCGCCGACAAUCCCAAAAAAAAGUAUAUCCCUUCAAUACUCUGAAAUCAAUAACAUUAAUCAAAAUACUGCGCAAUUGAGUAAUAGUCAGAACGCAGAGGGUUCAUUAUUAUCGCCUUCUAAGAAUCUUAAAGCGGCAAUCGCAAUGAACGCUGGAGCCUUAAAGAAGACUAAAAAACAAAAACCAGAUUUAGCAACAGAACAAUGUCAAGAAGAUAAAUAUGAAAACUCCUCCACAAAAACUAUCUCCGCUGAGGAAAAAUCGCAGCGUAAAGCUUUAAAAAUAUUUCAGAAAUUGUCAAAGACCCACAGUAUCUCUUUAAAUGGUCAUGGAAAAAAGUCGAAAAAGAAGGUAAACAGAGGCAGCACUUCCUCGGAUCCAAAUAAAAUAAGUUUGGAAAAAAUUAUGAAAAAACAGACUAAGCAUAGGCAAAAGGCUAUUCAACUUGAACUUGAUGUGAAAAAUUAUGGCUUUAUGCAAACAUCUCAAACCCUAAGCGGUUUUAGCGCUGAAUCGAAUUUAAAUUCAGAAAACAUUACCUCAACUGAUAUCCCUAGUGGGGCUCCUUUAAUUAUAAAGCAAACUGAAACCAGUUCCCAAGCCAGUUCCAGUUUUCAAGUACAUGAGGGUGAUCUACAACAUUCGGAAAUAUUAUUGCCUGCUAGAAAAAACGCUUGCGAGCCGGAACGGAGUAAGUUGGAUGUCUUUAAAAAAAUUUCCAAACCACGCGCUCCCCGCCAGGAAGGUGGAAUAGCGUCGGGAUCAUCUGGACUAGGCGUUCGAGUGUUCGGGAGCACAAUCUCGGGUCCUCCAAUAAUAAGUCUUCCAUCUGGGACUACUAUUACGCCUACUCCUUUACUCGGGCUUAAUCCAGCGAAAAUCAACACUUCCUACAUGUUGGAUCAAAUCCCACCAUCACCGCCCAAAGUCGCCGACAGUGAAAUGCCAGUACUUGAAUCGGUUAAGUCAAGAAAACGGGGCCGCAAGCCUGGCGGAAAGAACUUUGUAAAACAAACGAGUUUCACAUCACAAUCCUUGGUUGAAUCGGCAAAAAGAGAAAAGACUACGCAUGUAAUACCACUCCCGCUGGCACCACCUACGAUGAUAAUAUCAGAAAAUGCGUCUAUGACAUUGGAGCCUCUGAACCUUUGCAAUGUAGAGCAAGCCUCGAGUGAACCUUUGCAGAAUUUGCACACAAAAGAUAAAAAAGAAAGAAAAAAAAGUAAAACAAAACCAGAGAACAUUUUGGAAUUGUGUAAUAAAGUUUAUGCGCCCGAAAAAGAAAGAAAUAUUUUAACCUGUCAAGACCAAUUUAUGCCAGUGCCCAGUCCCAUAUCGAACCCAUCAUUAUACCCUGGCAAUCAAGCCGGAAUUGUGCCUAUGCUUCCUUUAUUGCACUUUCCGCCACGGCCAGGCCUUAUUCCGUCGGGACCAGGACUUUUUCCUGCAGUAACCGGACUUGUUGGCUUUGGUAAUCCUGUGAACACAGUCAGCAUUUCGCCAUUCAUUGCUUUUUCGGGCUCAGAGGGAUCGGUUGCUAAUGCCGUUGGAUGCCCACCAACUAUAGAUUCCGCUGAUAUUGAUAGCCAUCAGAUUCUAAAGCGAUCAACCUCGGAGAAGAACGUACAAAUGGAACGAAACUACUGCAACGUGGCUCCAUUGGUGCCAGAUUCAAUGAAAUUGGCUGAGUGUAAAAAAGUAACUUGUGAAAAAACUGAGUUGGAUAAUACAUUUGCAAACGCUACACCCAAAUCGAAAACAAGACCAUUAGUACAGGCUUCUGGAAAUUUGGGUGAUCCAAUUGAAGUUUCGGAUGACUCUGACGAAUCAUUGCAAAAUAGACAGCCGCCUGCUCAAAGAAAAUCUCCACAAUGUUCUCCAGGCCAUGCAAGAUCAAGUUUGGUACAGUCACAGUACCUGUCAUUAUCAUCUAUCAGUGAAGAUGUUUGCCAUGCGGAUUUCAAGCGAAUCGUGCCUGCUUUAAACUCUAGUGAAUCUGUGGCAAAAGUAAAAAAGCCAGUUAAACUUAACCUUCCCGAUGUUAAAAGAAUAAUCCACACUCCUUCGCCUACAACUUUUCCGCAAUUUCAGAAUUUCUCAAAUUUCAUAGGAGGUGACAAGUACAGUUUAGCUGGGGGAGCAGAUCUUAUACCAUUAUCAAGAGUGGAUAGUGGCUCGGCAUAUUCGUCGCAAAAGGUACCUUCUAGUAGCUUGACAGGCGGGGCGUCAUUGGCCAUAAACCCCAUUUUAAAGAAUUUUAAUAUUUCCGAGGAGCAGAAAUGUUUGCCACCAACUUCAAGUUAUGAAGAUAUUACAAUUACACCAACUGGAUCGUCAUCUUUAAAUCUCAAAGUGCGAAAGCACCACAAAAAGCUUAAGAAGCUUAAAGAAGGAAAAAUAAAAAAGAAAAAAGACAAGAAAGACAAGUCAAAAAAAAAGGAUCGACUAACCAUCCCGUCCUAUAAUUCAGAUCGAAAAAUAAAAGGGCUUGACAAGAAGCCAAAGAAGGAAAAGAAGAAGGAUAAGCAGGUUUUAAUCCAUAUUCCGGAUAAAGCACAUGAAAUUCCUCAGAUGACUUUAAAUAACAACAUUGAAAAUGCCUCUACACAAAGUGUACUCGUGAGUACACCUGUUUUAAAAUCAAUGAAACCAACGAUUUCGUCUCCAAACUUAGGGGAGCCUCCAAUUCAAAUACCAAAACUAACACUUAAACUUUCUGGAAAAUCUACGGUCGCCGAAAAUGAAAACGACACGCCCAAUAUGGAAAAACUGGAAACCCUAGAACGGCAAGUCAUAUUUCCAAGUGAAAAAAAGGAGCGUGAGCGUGAUAAUUCUCCGGAGCUAGCUCGCUUUUCCCCAUUGGUAACUGGGCCACCCAAGACCAAGCAAUCUGAUACACAUUUCUUGGGCACAUUAGGUUGUGGCCCCUUUUUAAGCAACAGCUCUGUUAAUUCUACUCCAGUAACACCGCAACCCCUACCAAUCUACGUGCGAAACACUCCGAUAAAUCCUCCGCCUAUAAAUCCUCAUCAAACUGCGACCAACUCGGCCGGUUGGCUGUUGACCCCUAAUAAUAGUAAUGCUGCCUCGUCCACGCUUGCGGCUAGUUCAGUUUUGUUACCACAGCAAUUGAUGUUGCCGCCUACUCCAAUAGCAAAUAAUAUCUCACCAGUCACUACUGUCACUAAAACGGAAACUGCUACAAAACCGGGGUUUUACGGUUCGACCACCACAAGUGAAGAAGAUACCUUACAAAAGAUAGAAACUAGUCGUCCUUCAUCGUAUGUCGACGCUGAAGGUAAUCGUAUAUGGAUUUGUCCUGCUUGUGGAAAGGUGGACGAUGGCUCUGCUAUGAUUGGAUGUGAUGGUUGCGAUGCCUGGUACCAUUGGAUUUGCGUGGGCAUUACGUUUGCUCCCAAGGACAAUGACGAUUGGUUCUGUCGCUUUUGUGUGGCAAAAAGAAAAGAGCAUGGCUCAGAAAAGAAAAAGAAACGAAACAAGAAAAAGUGAUUUCUAAAUCUGUUAGAACAAGUUAGUAAUGUACAUUUUAAUUAUAAUAAUUAAUAAAUAAAUGUAAGUUCCUCAAUUCGAUAGCGAAGAACUUUAAUAAAGCUUGGCAUUAAAUUUA